AUGAAUGUCAUUUGUCCUAAUGGAAGAACAUCAUUCGGGGCAGCAGCCCAAUUUGGAAAUAUUGAAAUUCUUCAAUUGUUACUUAAUAGGCGUACGAAUAACGAUUGUAUUGAUGAAAAAAAUUAUCCUCACAUAGAGCCAAAAGUAACCGAAAGUACAAUAAACAGAGUGCAGAGUGAUAAAAGGACUUCGAAUUCAAAUUUAGGAUAUUAUGUUUAUGUUCACAGUGAACAGAGUUCGUUUGAGUGCUCCAAUAUGGGUAGUGAUUGCAAAGUGGACAAUUUGAAUAAAAGUGAAUGUAAUUCUAACAUUGGAGCAAAUUUGAAUUAUUCCAAUGAAGAAUGCAAUGAUUUUUUUUUAUCUAAAAUGAAAAAAACAGCUUAUGAUUUGGCAACUUUUAAUGAUCCAUGCGUGCGAAGGGAUCCGAGGUUCAAUUCGAAAAAAAGUGUGAGUGAUUUAAAUAUUACAAGCGAAGAUGGGGAAACAACCCCCGAGGGAAUGGAUAAAUUAGAAUGGGAUAUGGAAGUGAAAGAAAACAACAUAUUAGUUUCAUCAGAUGUUGAUGAUCCUUGGUGUGAAUUUUAUUAUUGGUACACAAGUAUUUUAUUACAGACUGAUUACCUUUUAAAAGAAAAACCUUCUGCAAUUGAUAUCGAUAGAGAAGAUCAGUUUGGGUGUAGAGCAUUACAUUAUGCAACUGUAGAAGGUCAUAUUGAGGCUGUGAAGUUGUUGAUAAGUGCAGGUUGCAAAGUGAAUGUUGGAGAUUCUGAUAAUUUAACACCUUUGCACAUGGCAGCAGCCAAAGACAAUCCUGAAAUAGUCGAGUUAUUAAUUGCUGCUGGAGCUAAUGUACAUUGUAAAACGACAGAUAGAAUAUCACCGUUACACGUUUCCGCAUCCAGAGGUCUACUUCAAAAUGUUAAAUUAUUAAUCAAAGCGAAAGCAUACAUUGAUAGUCUGGACUCAUCCGAUAGGAGUCCUCUUUUUAUGGCUGUAUCCAGGUCACAUCAAGACGUGGUGGCUUAUUUAUUAGAAAAUGGUGCUAAAGUCAAUUUGGAAGAAAUUCACGGGUACACUCCAUUGUACGAAGCAGUUUGGCAAAAAAAUACAGAAAUCGUUAAAUUGUUAUUGAGUGCGGGUGCAAAAGUAACACAAUCCCAUCAUUUGUUGCAUUAUGCAGUUUUACAUCGACAUAAGGAAAUGGUUUCUCUAUUGAUAUCCGCCGGUUGCAUAAUAAAUUUAAGGGACGAAAAUGGCGACACUCCGUUAAUAGUUGCCGCCAAAACGCAUCAAGUCGAUAUAGCUAGAAUUCUACUGCAAAACGGAGCUUCGAUAAAUUGCAAAAGUUACGUUACGGGUAAUACUCCUUUGCACGAGAUAAUUUGCAACGCGUCGGGAGGAUAUCAAAAAUUCAACGAAAUGUUUUCGGUAUUUCAAGAGUACGACGUUAAUUUAGAAGACGAAUCGAAUUCUGGUCACACGGCACUUUGUUUGGCUUUAAUAAAAAGAUUCGACGAUGCAGCUGCCACGUUGAUACGUCACGGAGCCAACGUCAAUCACAGAUACAUUUAUCAACUUCAUUUAAUUGGCAGCCUUUUGCUUCGGGGUAAUCGUUUCCUUUUCGAAUUACUCAUACACGCGGGAUUUCAUUUUCGAAACAUUGAAUUUUCAAAUGAGCCCUCCAGUCCUAUAGAAAAAUGGUUAGCGUAUUUAAAAGUAAAUCCCUUGAGGUUGUACGAUUUAUGUCGAAUUAAAGUCAGAUCUCAAUUUAAAACGAAAAUUUACGAAAAAGUUUCCUCGCUCGUCUUACCUCCCACAAUAAAAAAUUCACUCAAAUUAGAAGACAUUCGAAAUUAA